AUGAUGCGGUCCCAAGCUCUGCGCGCGCUCGCGAAGCGCGCGCUCUCCACUGCUACGGCAACGGCCUCGUCGACGCCGCACCUCACGUCCUCGAAACUCCUGCACGGCCGCGAGCUCCAGUUCCUGCUCCACGAGUUCAUCGACCUGCAAGCGCUGCUGGCGACGGAGCGCUUCCGGGACCACGACGUGGAGACCAUCGAAUCCAUCGUCGAGGCCGGGUCGACGCUCGCCGAGGAGGUCUUCUACGACGCGAACCCCGUCGGCGACCGCGAGGCGCCGACCUACGACGCGGACGCGGACGUGGUCGUCCACCCCGCGGCCGUCGUCGACGCGCAGAAGCAGUACGCCGAGGGCGGCUUCAUCGGCAUGACGCUGGAGCAGGACAAGGGCGGCCUCGGCCUGCCCGUCUGCGCCGCGGCGCUCGCGAACCUGCCGUUCUCCGUCGCGAACACGGGCCUCAUGAGCUACCACGGCGUCACGAACGGGUCGAUCACGCUCCUCGCGGCGCACGGCUCGCCGGAGCAGCAGGCGACCUGGCUCCCGAAGCUCACGUCCGGCGAGGCCUACGGCACCAUGUGCCUCAGCGAGAGCCACGCGGGGAGCUCGCUCACGGACCUCCGGACGUCCGCGGCGCCGAACGGCGACGGGUCCUACGCGAUCAAGGGCAACAAGAUGUGGAUCACGGGCGGCGACCAGGGCCUGUCGGAGAACAUCGUGCACUUCGUCCUCGCGAAGCUCCCCGGCGCGCCGCCGGGCGUCAAGGGCAUCUCGCUCUUCCUCGUGCCGAAAGUGCUGGAGAACGGCGCGCGCAACGACGUCUACCUCGGCGGCAUGAACCACAAGAUGGGCCAGAUCGCGUCGGUGAACGCCGGCGAGCUCCUCUUCGGCGACCGCACGGGCGCGGCGACGGGGUAUCUCGUCGGCGAGCCCCACGAGGGCCUGAAGUGCAUGUUCGUCAUGAUGAACGAGCUCCGGGUCGGCGUCGGCAUGGGCGCGGCCGCGUCCGGCGUCGCCGGCUACACCGCGGCGCUGCGGUACGCCCGCGACCGCGCCCAGGGCCGGCCCCUGACGUCCAAGGACCCCGCGGCGCCCAUGGUGCCCAUCGUGCAGCACGCGGACGUGAAGCGCAUGCUGCUGGCCGCGCGCGCGUACUCCGAGGGCGGCGUCGCGCUGAGCCUCUACGGCGCCGAGCUCAUCGACAAGAUGGCCGUCUGCGAAGACGCCGCGGCGAAGCAGGAGCUCCACCUCGUCCUCGAGCUGCUCAUCCCCAUGAUCAAGUCGUGGCCGUCGGAGUGGGGGCUCGAGGCGAACCGUUUGGCGAUCCAGGUCCACGGCGGCGCGGGCUACACGACGGACUUCAUCGUCGAGCAGCUCUACCGCGACGCGCGCGUCAACUCCAUCUACGAGGGCACGACGGGCAUCCAGAGCCUGGACCUGCUGGGCCGCAAGGUGCCCAUGGCCGGCGGCGCGGCGCUCGCGGCGCUCGCGGCGCGCGUCGCCGCGGACGCCGAGGCCGCGGCGGCCCACGCGGAGCUCCGCCCGGCCGCGGCGGCCCUCGGGGCGGCGCUCGAGACCUUCGGGAAAACGACGGAAAAGCUCGUGGGCGUCGCGGCGGCGGGCGACGUCGACACGUUCCUCGCGAACUCGAACGAGUACCUCACGGCCGCGGGCCACCUCGUCGUCGCCUGGAUGUGGCUCAAGCAGGGCACCAUCGCGUCCGCGGCCCUCGAGGCCGGCGCGGGCGACGACGACGCCUUCUACCACGGCAAGCUCCACACGAUGUCCUGGUUCUUCGCCCACGAGCUGCCCAAGGUCCACGCGGCGUCGAAGCUCCUCGCGUCCCUCGACACGCAGAACGUCGACAUGAAGGACGAGUGGUUCUACUAG